GUGCUUGACCAGGAGAUCCCAGUGAAGAGGAAUUUUGUAAAGGUUGUGAUUCAGGUGGAGGACUGUAACGACCACUCACCAGUUUUUCUCAGCCCUCGCUACGAGGCCAGCAUCUCUAACCUCGCCCCUGCUGGCUCUGAGGUCAUCCGGGUCAAGGCCCUGGACAAGGACACAGGAAGCAAUGCAGACAUCAGCUACUCGCUGCACUCUGGAAAUAUUGGCAACAUCUUUUCCAUCGAUUCAAAGCUGGGCUCCAUCAGUGUUUCCAAACCUUUAGACCUUCAGCCUCAGGACCAGUUCCACCUUACAGUAAAGGCCAUUGAUCAAAGUUUCCCACAGCACUCCGAUUUCUGUUCCGUUCACAUUCACAUCCGCAUUUCUGACCAAACCCCUCCCACCUUCCCAUCAGAAGAAUACUUAACCGAGGUCAGUGAGUCAAGCGCUCCUGGUACACCAGUGGUUACCAUCUCGGCCUCCAGCCCAGCUGCAGUGCAAUAUGGGAUAGAAAGUGGCAACAUAAAGGGAACAUUUUACAUCAACCCCUACACCGGGAUGAUUUCCACUCACAAGUACCUUGAUUUUGAGAACUGUGAUACCUACAAGCUCAAAGUUACUGCCUCCACCACAGCAGGAGCCAUGUCCAAGACACUUGUUCAUAUUUAUGUGGUUGACGACAAUGAUAACGCGCCUGUCUUUCAGCAGAUGGAGCUCUGA